AUCGAAACAAGAAGAGAAGGGGAAGAAAGAACCAGUUCCUCAAGCCCAAGGCAAGAAGGAGAGGACACAGCUCCAGAAGAUUCCGAGCAACUUUUUUCAGACAGUCCGCCGACGAUACUCCGGGCAGUACCUUCCCUGUUGUCUCAAUCUCCUGGUGCAACUUUAAUUCACAGUCUUGCAAUUGAGACCGGACGAUUCGGGGCCUAGGUUAGUUUUAUCCCGAAACCCUAAAUUGGAAGAUGUCGACGUCGGGUCAGCCUCAGUUCCGGUACACCCAGACGCCGUCGAAGGUUCUCCACCUGCGUAACCUGCCGUGGGAGUGUUCCGAAGAGGAGCUCAUCGAACUCUGCAGGCCCUUUGGCAGGAUCAUCAAUACCAAGUGCAACGUCGGCGCCAAUCGCAACCAGGCCUUCGUUGAGUUCGCAGACUUGAAUCAGGCCAUUAACAUGGUUACAUAUUAUGCUUCAUCUUCAGAGCCUGCGCAGGUUCGUGGGAAAACUGUCUAUAUUCAAUAUUCUAACAGACAUGAAAUUGUGAACAACAAAAGUCCCGGAGAUGUUCCAGGAAAUGUCUUGCUGGUAACCAUUGAGGGAGUGGAAGCUGGUGAUGUCAGCAUUGAUGUUAUUCAUUUGGUAUUCUCAGCUUUUGGUUUUGUGCACAAGAUUGCUACUUUUGAGAAGGCUGCAGGUUUUCAGGCAUUGAUCCAAUACAGUGAUGUUGAGACUGCAUCUUCUGCAAGGGAAGCAUUAGAUGGUAGAAGCAUACCAAGGUACUUGCUUCCAGAGCAUGUUGGUUUGAGCCACUUGCGAAUUUCAUACUCAGCGCAUACCGACCUGAAUAUUAAGUUCCAAUCUCAUCGGAGCAGAGAUUAUACAAACCCAUACCUCCCCGUUAAUCCUACUGCUAUGGAGGGAUUUGUUCAGCCUUCUAUAGGGCCUGAUGGAAAGAAAGUAGAACUUGAGAGUAAUGUGCUUCUUGCAGCAAUUGAAAAUAUGCAAUAUGCUGUUACAGUGGAUGUUCUUCACACGGUUUUCUCCUCGUUUGGUGCUGUCCAAAAGAUUGCCAUAUUUGAGAAGAAUGGUGGAACACAAGCACUCAUUCAGUAUCCUGAUAUCACGACUGCAGCAGUUGCCAAAGAUGCUUUAGAGGGACACUGCAUAUAUGAUGGUGGCUAUUGUAAGCUUCAUCUAUCAUACUCUCGUCAUACUGAUCUCAAUAUAAAGGCAUACAGUGACAAAAGUAGAGAUUACACAAUCCCUGAAUCAGCGCCAGCUCCUGCCUUCCCCGGUGCUGCUGCAGUCUGGCAGAAUCCUCAGGCUGCUCCAAUGUUUCCUGGGAGUGAGUUUACUGCUUUUGGUGCUGCACGAGCUAAAGCUCCUGUUGGCCAAGUGCCAUCAUGGGGUCCAAACAUGCAGGCCAGCAAGACAACUUUUGUUUCAGUUCCCAGAACAUUUCCUGGCCAAAUAUAUGGAUCAUCUUCUGUUCCAGCGUAUCCCACUGCAGCUACUCCUGCUGGUCUGGCACCCCUCAUGCAAACAGACCAAAUGAGUCCUACUGUACCUCCAAUGGGAGCAUCUCAUCCUGUCCAUCAGCGUAAUGUGCAACCUGGUGGUGCUUCACCUCCAGGCCAGCUUCCUUACUAUGGUCAGUAAGGUGUGUAUUUCUCCCUCACAGGAGUGCUCUGGCAUUUGAUUGUCGGAUUCUAGUACAUCUCUUUUGCUUUGCUUUUCUAUUGGACGAUACAACUUGUAUGUGCUUAGUAGAGUUCUGAAUGCAACAUUAGCAAUUUUGAAUCUGUUGUUUGUUUCAUAUGGAUAUCAGUUUGGUUUUGUUAAUCAGUGGUAAAGAAAUUUUCCUGUGUUGUAUCUUA